ACCAUGCAGAAUGCAGUUCAGGUGUGGUUUGGAGAUGAGCUUCCCUUGAGUCCCCGAAGCCCUCUGACUCCGAGACACGGGCCGGGUUUGGCAGAUGUGUGCCUGUAUGACCAGUGGAUAUCUGUGAGGCAUGAGGCCACUUUGGUGCCCAUGCAAGAAGAUCUCUCCAUCUGGCUGUCUGGCUUGCUGGGAAUGGAAGUCAAAGCCGAACAACUCCUAGAGGAACUUGAUAAUGGGGUACUGCUUUGCCAAUUGAUUGAAGUUCUUCAAAACACAGUUAAAAAAUGUUGUAGCACAAAUAACUUAAGGAAUUUUCCUAUGGGAAAAGUUCCAUGUAAGAAGGAUGCUCCAUCAGGAUCUUUUUUUGCCAGAGAUAAUACAGCCAACUUUCUUAACUGGUGUAGAGCCAUUGGAGUUGAUGAGACAUACCUCUUUGAAUCUGAAGGCUUAGUGUUGCACAAGGAUCCAAGACAAGUAUAUCUUUGUCUGCUGGAAAUUGGGCGCAUUGUAUCCAGGUAUGGAGUUGAACCUCCUGUACUUGUAAAACUAGAGAAGGAAAUUGAGCUAGAAGAAACCCUGCUGAUGACCUCUGGGCCACCAUCCCCUCUUAGCACACCAAAGUCAUGUUGUCACCAUGGCGAGCUACAUGAGGCAGUAAAACAUAUAGCAGAAGAUCCUCCCUGCAGUUGUUCCCAUCGAUUUUCAAUUGAAUACUUAUCAGAGGGACGUUAUAGGCUGGGAGAUAAAAUACUCUUCAUACGAAUGCUACAUGGCAAGCAUGUGAUGGUACGUGUUGGUGGAGGCUGGGACACUCUUCAAGGUUUUCUGCUCAAAUACGAUCCAUGCCGAGUGCUGCAGUUUGCAACUCUGGAACAAAAAAUCCUGGCAUUUCAGAAAGGGGUCACCAGUGACAGUGUCCCCAGCUUGUCAGCAAGAAAUCAGGAGCCUCCUCUUAUGAAUCCAAUGUCAGCUGUCAAUAUGUUUCAAAAGCAGCCAUCAAAAACUCCUGCUCCUGUUUCAGGUCUUGGGGCCAGUGCCAAGAAGGCUUUAUCUAAACGUCCUCAGUCCCCUGCCCUGGCAUCACCAGGAGUGCCAGUGACCCCAUCUUCCACUGCCAAGUCAUCAACAGUCAGGUCCAAAUUACAAGGGUCCUCUGCAGCAGGUGUGCAUUCUCCUUUCAAACCAUUAGCUGGCACCUCAAAGAAAGUGGAGUCUCCUGCAUGCAACUCACCAGCUUCUGCUCCUUCACAGCCUGGAAGCAAAAGUUCCUCACGGGCAGGAGCAAGAACAGCUCUUGUUCCCUCUGAAACGUUGCGCAAACGUAUUCGGUCCCCUGAUGCUACCAAGGUGAAAUUUGCCCUGCCUCGGGGCUCCCCAGCACCAGCAAUCCAUCCUGCCCUCUCACCCUCUAAAAAACAACCAUCUCUCUUGUCUGGGACAGCUGGAACAAUGACUUCAAAACAGAAGAGUGUCCCUGCUAAAUGCAAGCCUGUAUCUGCCUCUAAAACCAAAGCAAAUUCAGGUGCUCCCAGGGCUGCUCGGCUGCCGGCUACAAAUCUGCACACUGUUGCCAAGUUUGCACAUUCUCAGCAACUCCUUGCGAAACCUCCUGAAAAUGAUGUCCAGAUCUCAAGUGCUGGGUCUCAGCAUCCUCAGAAAGCCCCACAAACAACUUCUCACCUAGCAAGGAACUUGAAAACUGCUUCCGGGCUAAAACUUUCUGCUUCUGCACCUUCCCUUGCAGUUAGCAAAGCAUCGAAGUCACCACCUCCAUUGUUACCUACAAGCAAAAAUGUGUCAUCAGCUGGCAGCAAGCCAAAUGGCAGGAAUCCCCCCCAGGCUGGACCCUCUGUAUCCAAACCUGCUGAACGCACACCUUUGUCUGUUGUACGGCUUCCUCAAACUUCAGCCAAAGCAGCAGUGACCAAAAAGCCAGCGCAGCCUUCCACAAAAGGUCAGCAUUCAACCAAAAAUUUGCUAACAAACAAAAGCUUGGUCCCAUCAGCCAAGAAGCCACUCCCAAAGGAGCAGGCAUAUGACAAAGGAACACCUGGUGUGCCAAAAGUUCCUGUUCUGAAGAGCAGGCAAGAUGAUCACUAUUUUGUGAUGACAGGGACUAAAAAGGCCAGAAAGUAA